GCAUGAGAAAAGAAGCUCAAGAGCGUGCCACGUGCCCUUUAAUAAAAUGGCAGCACCAGCUCGAUUUAUAAAACCGAAGAGAGGGGAAUUUCCCCCCGAGGAGUUUGAGAUCCUUCGCCAGAAAGUUAAAAUGGAGCAAUUGCCGGAGAACCUGAGCGAGACAAAAAGAUUGGCACCAUCGCCUCCGCCGCCGGGAGGCAUUCACCACCAGAGGGAUGUGGACGACGAUGACGAGAACGUAAAUCAGCUCGAUGAAUGUUCUUCUCUCUAUCGCUUGAUGCAGGAUUGCGUUGUUCGAUCAAACAGGAAUUGGAAAGUAUGUCAACCAGAAGUACAUGCUUUGAGGGAAUGCUUUGAAAAGAGAAAAAACAUGCAAGGAAAGUAGAACUGUGCCGAGACUGAAUUUGUUUUUAGUUGCUUAUGAGGUUACAUCCUGUGCUUCCUAGAUCUUCUUAACAAUUAUGUACACACACUUCCCUCACCAGAUGAAUAUUACUUCGCUCACCAGAUGAAUAUAUAUAUUUUUUUUAGCGUAGUUCAAUUGAAAGUGAUUUACGGGGGAAAGGGAUCUUUUACAUACAGAAAUGUAUAAUAAGCAGGGUUUUCCGAUUGAAAUGCGAAUAUGUGUUUUUAGGUUAGAGAAAUCACGUCCCUAACUUGUUCUUACUUCUUAAAUUCACUUGGACUGUGUACUUGCUGUUUGAUGAUAUUGUUAACUGCAUGAUAACAGGGCAAGCACUCUGCAAAUUCGCACCCUGUUCUUGAUCUAGUUUCAUA